AUGCUUUUCCUUUCUACGUCUCUUUUCACUGCCGCUUCGGUUUGGAGCAUCGCCAUCAUCAGCUUGGACCGUUACCGACUGAUAGUGAAAUAUGAAAGUUACCGCGAUACUAUGACACCGAUGCGCUGCAAGAUGGCCAUCGGUUUCGUCUGGUCCGUCUCGUCACUAGUCGGCUUCGUCCCAUUCAUCAUCACUUUCAGCUCGUCUCACGUAACUUGUACAGCCGGCCACCCGAUUCUCCAAGCCCACAACCGACGUUACGUCUACAUUCUAUCAGCGGCUCUAUAUUUCAACAUUGGCUUCUUGCUUCCUACUGUCAUCAUCAUCCAACAUUAUUUCUCUAUUUUGAAAUUUGCCUGGAAACGCGAGAAAAAAUUUGUCUCCGCAUUUAAACGAUCGAGUUCGUCUCUUUUUCAAGGCGAUCGUAGCAAACGCAGCCUUCUUAUGAGUCUGCGUUAUUUAAAAACUGCUCGUGUACUUUCGCUUCUUGUUCUCUGUUAUAUGGUCUGCUUUGUACCCUACUUCAUACAACAAUUCUUAUGGGGUCUGCGAGUAUGGAACCCUUGGUGUCCGCCGCUUAUCCUCGAGGUGAUUACCCGUUCGUUACUGAUAAGCAAUGCAAUGUUUAAUCCUUUCUUUUACGGCUUCUUAGACCGUUAUUUCAGACAACAAUGGCAGGAGUACGUGUGGGGACGGCUACCAAAAUCUAUACAGAAACGCCUGGCCCGAUACCGGUUUUGCUACUCGAAAGAGAUCGCCCAGGAUAUGUCAGACCUCUAUCGAGAUCAAGAAACGUCAGGAAAUUCUGGUUGCAACCGACAUUCAAGAAUUUGCCGGUCGCCCGAAGAGGAAAGCGUCAGUGAAACAAGCAGUGGACAAGGGAAAGGAUUAUGUUUCAUUCGAGCGAACAACUCAAUUUCUUUGACUAUUCCUUGUAAUUCAUCUUCCAGAUCUUUUCUUUCUUCACUCUUUUCUUUUCCCAUCCAUUCAUUCUUUGAACUUCCAGUGUCAAAUUUAAACCAAUCGGACCAAUUGCUCUGA